AGGGAAUACAUUGAAAAGUUAUACCUGGCCCGACUAGAUCAAGAGACUUAAGCUGGCACAUUCCCACCAGAAUCAGAAGAUAGAUCUCCUGUCAACUUACCAGAUGUCUGAACUUGCAACUCUAAAUUAUACGAACAGAAUGUCCUUAAUCACCACUCCAGCCACUCGGAUGCUUGGCAUCACGCAACCCAUCCUCCUCGCUGGUAUGGGAUACACGUCCGGCGCUGAGCUCGCCGCUGCUGUUUCCAAUGCGGGGGGGUUGGGUGUCGUUGGUGGCUUAGGCUAUACCCCAGAUGCGCUGCGAGAGAUUCUUACAGACCUUAAAAGCAAACUUCGGGACCCGUCGCUGCCAUUUGGUGUUGACCUACUAAUCCCACAAGUUGGUGGCAAGGCGCGGAAAACUAACGUUGACUACACCAGAGGACAAUUAAUGGAGUUAAUUGAUAUCAUUGUCGAAGAAGGAGCAAAGCUUUUUGUGUCGGCCGUGGGCAUACCCCCGAAGGCCGUUGUUGAUAAGCUACACGCAGCUGGCGUAUUGUACAUGAACAUGGUCGGACAUCCAAAGCAUGUCCACAAAGCAUGUGAAGUUGGCGCAGAUCUGGUUUGUGCUCAAGGCGGAGAAGCAGGGGGUCAUACUGGGGAGAUCCCAACCAGUGUUCUAAUUCCAGCUUGCGCUGAUGCUUGCAAGGGGUACGUGUCACCGCUCACCGGAGAGCCAGUACAACUCGUCGCCGCUGGAGGUAUGUUUGAUGGUCGGAGUAUUGCUGCGGCCCUUAUGUAUGGUGCUGGAGCCGUUUGGGUCGGAACUCGGUUCGUCACCGCAAGAGAAUCAAACGCUCCUGAAGGUGGCAAGCAGGCAAUUAUCGAUGCCGGAUUUGACUCGUUUGUCAGAACAACAUUAUGGAGCGGCCGCCCGAUUCGAGCAAUGGCAACACCCUAUCUCAUCGACUGGGAGACGAAUCGCAGGGCUGAAAUCAAUGAGCUUCAGAGUAAAGGCAUCAUUGUGUUAGAUUACGAGUUAGAGAGGUUAGAGAAGGAGGGAAAGCUAACUGAUGAGAUCAUUGACCAGACAACACAAAGACCUAUGGGAUAUGGAGCAUCGAUGGUAAACAAAAAGAACCAGACUGCUGCAGAGAUAGUGCUGGAAAUGACUGUUGAGGCAUACACGAUCCUAAAAGGAGCAGAUCGGUAUAUUAGCUCUGUAUCAAAGUUAUAG